UGGCGUUGUACGCACAUUUCAACAUGGCAGAACAGUGCCGCUUGUCUUGAAAGCACUGCAAAUAAAAUCUAAGGAUUAUCAAAUAAAAUAUUGAUCAAUAUCAAUUUUGGCUAGCAUUUCUUUCAAGUUAAGUAAAUUUUUUUAAGUAACACGUGUUGUAAAAAAUAAAAAUGCUAUUAACAUUGAAGCCAGACCACAAGAAGCAUGUAUUGUUUUUAGCUGAACAAUCGCUACCAGUUUUACAAGAUUUUUGCAAAUUGGCUUUAGAUUAUUUACAAAAAGGUCCAAAUGUUAAGGUAUAUAAUGCUGCUGCUCAAAAAUUAAACGUCGAGUUAGACGUAAUUAAAAAUUCAGUGGAGGGUUUGGUUAAUCUUUUAUUGGAAAGCUGUAAACACAAGUUAAGUGCAGAAGAUUUCCGGGAUUCGGUGAUUGCUUUAGGUUUUACUGAAGAAAAGGAGGCGAUAUUGAGUAAAUUAUACAACGUUAAGAGAAAUGAAAUUUCUGAUGCACUCGAAGAGAUUGGAUUUAAAUUGCCUAAAUAUCAUGACAUGGAAUGGAGAUUUGAAGUGCAGACUGCAUCAAGAUCUCUUUCGAAGCAAGUUGCUCCACUUGUCACACUAGACUUGUCUCUGAAAAAUCCUGACAGUUCAGAUGAAAUUGAACACGUUUUGUUGCAAACGGACCCCACUAAUUUGCUUCAUAUAACUCAAGAGUUGGAGGAAGCUUUGCAAGAAAGUCGCAGCCAACAUAUUCGGAGGAUUUCAAAGGCAAAAAUGGAAUCUCUCGUCGCAGUAGGUGCCAGUAAUCUGACUUCAACCAUCUUAUUCGAACACUCCACUGUAACAUUUUCCAAUAUAUUGACAACGACAACUGGGCCCCGAGCUAUGCGACAGAUCAUGAAUUUCAAUAAUCAAACUGUGGCGGAUAAAGUGCCUCCAGAUAUGUUGCACUUGAUUGACCCACACUGGUAUCAAUUCCCACCAAUGGAUCCAAUGUGGCACAAAAUUUUAGGACUUGUAAUGAUUGUAUUAGGAUUUAUGGGAUGGAGCGGCAACGGCGUUGUAGUGUAUGUGUUCCUGAUGACUCCCUCCUUAAGAACACCUAGCAAUCUUCUAGUGGUAAAUCUGGCUUUCUCGGACUUCAUUAUGAUGAUUAUCAUGUCACCUCCUAUGGUAAUCAACUGUUACUACGAGACCUGGGUGUUAGGACCUCUGAUGUGCGACAUAUAUGCCAUGGUUGGUUCUCUAUGUGGAUGCGCCUCAAUUUGGACUAUGACUGCUAUCGCUCUAGACCGAUAUAACGUUUUAGUAAAGGGUAUGGCAGGAAAACCACUCACCAUUAAAAAAGCACUACUCGAAAUUUUGGGAAUCUGGUUGUUUGCCUUAAUAUGGACAAUUUUGCCAAUGGUGGGAUGGAAUAGGUAUGUACCAGAAGGUAACAUGACUGCAUGUGGCACGGAUUAUCUUAACAAAGAUUGGAGUUCCAAAUCGUACAUCCUGGUGUAUUCAAUAUUCGUAUAUUAUAUACCGCUCUUUACUAUAAUCUACAGCUAUUAUUUUAUUGUAUCGACAGUAGCUGCUCAUGAAAAAGCAAUGAGAGAACAAGCGAAAAAAAUGAAUAUACAAUCUUUGCGAUCGGGAGAAAAUCAAAAUAUAAGUGUGGAAGCAAAGUUGGCGAAGGUAGCUUUAAUGACGAUUUCCUUGUGGUUUAUGGCGUGGACGCCGUACUUAGUCAUCAAUUAUACUGGUAUUUUUGGUGGUGCUAAUAUUAGUCCCAUUUUCACCAUUUGGGGAUCUCUUUUUGCAAAGGCAAACGCUAUAUAUAAUCCAAUUGUUUAUGGAAUUAGUCAUCCAAAAUACAGAGCAGCAUUGAAAGAAAAAUUGCCGUUCUUUGUAUGUGGCUCGACUGAGGAUCCGUCCGCGGCUGCGAAAACCGCGGACACGACAUCUGUUACAACGACGACGGCGUAGUUUCCACGCGGUGGAUUGUAAAUUUCAAACAUUGUGGUAUAACAUAAUUAUAGUAUAUUUCGAAUAAGUUAACGAAUUAAUAAUACUGGAUAUAUAACGUGUGAAAUGUUUCUAAGAAACGUGAAAAUUUGUAAUUUGUAAAGCUCCAAUAGCUAUUACGAAUGGCCAAUUAUGCGAAAAGCUACGUACAGGGAAUUUCGAGUGGACUAAGUGUAUUAUUUUACGAUAUGUACGGUAAAUUCUGCUUUUGUCUUUUGUUCUUCCUUUUAUGGCACGCGUUUAGCAUUGUCUUUGCAGGGAUGAAUGAUAGAAGGCACUUAAUAUCGAUUGUAGUGUACAAAAAGAUUAUUCAAUGUAUCGUUUGGCAUGUAAUGAUUUAAAAAAAAUUGUCAUAUUUUUAAGAUGUAAUAAAAAAAUAUGUUAAAUAUUAAACAAUAUAUCAAACAUAGAGAUAUAUAUGUUCAGAUAAACAAUAUAUUAACAUAGAGAUAUAUAUGUUCAGAAUUUUUGUGGUUCAAUUAAAAUUCCCAUAUAUAUGAUUGCCUGCAGAAUUUAUUUAUAAUUCUAUAAAAUGAAUUACAGACACGAUAUUAUCGCUACAAGCGAUAUUAGUUAAUACAUAUUUGUUUAUUCCAAAGUGAACCAUGUAUUCCGUUGCCUUGAAGAGAUGACAUAAUUUAUAAACUGCGCUAUGAGACAUUGAUAAGAAAUUCGCGUGUGGUGCAGCCGAA